AUGGAUAUGACAGCCAGGGAAGAUACAUACACACAUACAUACAUGGACGGACGAAUACAUGGUGGACCAGCUGCACACACCGUAUAUAUAUAUAAGAGCACCAACGCUGACCACACAACAAUGUCCCGCCCGAUCCCUAUACGUUGCAAGACUACGAGUAAUAUGGCUAGUGCCGCGGUUAUCGACAUGGAGAACACGAGUAACGAGGCGAACGGUAGUGGUAGCUCGUUCCAAAUGCUGGGCAGUCCCAACCGUGCCCAUGUGAGGGACGUCUUGGCUACUUCGCCGGCGCCAAGCUCACAGUUUAAGAGUUUCAGAGACAAUUUCAUAAAUACACAGAACGUCUUUACCGGGGACAUAUUUGGUGUUCCGCUGGAUAAAUCGCUGCAACACGCUCAUGCAAAGGUCGUUGUGCAAACAGAUCUUUUGAAACUGGGCGAUAUUCCUGUGGUGGUGGCUAAAUGCGGAGCUUAUUUGAAAGCGCACGGAUUGAAGACAAAUGGAAUAUUUAGGAAAGCAGGUAAUAAUAAGCGUGUGAAGGAAUUACAAGCUAUAUUCAGUACACCGCCGGAAUAUGGGUUUGAGUUUAGUGAUUGGGACAAUUACACGAUUCAUGACGUGGCUACUUUGUUACGAAGGUAUUUGAAUAAUCUAACUGAACCGUUGAUUUCUUUGAAUUUGUAUGACGCCUUUAGGAAGCCGCUGAAGAGUAGACCCAGAGUAUUGAGGUUUUUGGACAAGCAACACCAAUUGCAGGAUGGGACAACGACAAAUGCAGAACUGAGUAGUAUAGUCCCUUCUUCAUUGUCGCUAUCGUUAUUGGAAAAGGGAGACAUAGCAGAUGACGAUAUUGACAUGGAGACGGAUGAAGAAGACCGUCAUAGCAUGAAGAAAAUACGCUAUAAGAAACGCGUGGCAAGAGAUAUACGGGAGUCAUUAGAUGAAUAUCAGGAAUUAUUCGGACUCCUGUCAGAGAAUUCAAGAAAUUUAACCAUAUAUUUACUCGACUUGUUAAGUCUGUUUGCUCGAAGUUCUGAACUAAACCUAAUGAAUGCAAGAAAUUUAAGUGCCAUUUUCCAACCAUGUCUCCUAUCACAUCCGGAACACGAUAUGGAACCCAAGGAAUAUGAACUUUCCAGACAAGUUAUCGAAUUCUUAAUAGUUUAUUCUUUCAAAUUACUACCGGAACUGUUGAAAGUGAAAAGAACAACCCCAUUAUCACCUACUCAUGACAGCACUCACAAUAAAGGGUUUCUUUCACCCAUAACCUCCCCGGUCGGAUUUGGUCAUUCCCUUAUGAAAAUACAUGGCUCGUCCAAAAAUUCAAGUUCCAAUAAAGUACACAUUGUGGAAAAGAAAAGCCCCUCCAAAUCCAUGGAUUCUAGUAUAUCUUCCACUUCCAAGAAAUCGGGCAAACUCUUCCCCUGGCUGCAUAAAUCAGCCGUUCUGAGUGACUCGAUCAUUACAGAGGGAGAGGAUGAUUCAGACUUGUCGCCCCGAUUGGAGGAAGAUGACCCUCUAGCAACACAUACUCGAUCGCCACCACACGCCAUCGCAGCGGAUGCAAAACUCCUGUCACCCACCAAAAUACACAAAACACACAGCAACACAGACGAUGCGGAGGGGAAGAGACGCGGGUCAUGGUUUGCCAAGUUUAGACGAGGUUCCAACAGUUCCAAUUCUAAGUAA